UUUUCACUUUUUUUUUUCGAUAAAACUUAUUUUUUUUCUUGUUCAUUCUUUUUUUCCCUUUUUCUUUUUUAUAUUUCGGUAGACAUUCAUUUUAGAAAAAAAUUAAUUAUACAUAAUGAGAGAAAUUAUUCACGUACAAGUCGGUCAAUGUGGUAACCAAAUCGGUCAAAAGUUCUGGGAAACUAUUUCACAAGAGCAUGGUCUUGAUACAAACGGUGCUUAUGCUGGUGAUAACGAUCUCCAAUUAGAGCGUAUCAACGUCUUUUAUAACGAAGGCUCAUCCGGCCAAUAUGUUCCUAGAUCUGUUCUUGUCGAUCUUGAACCAGGAACCAUGGAUACCGUUCGUUCUAGUCCCUAUGGUAAAUUAUUCCGCCCUGAUAAUUUCAUCUUUGGUCAAAAUGGUGCUGGUAACUCUUGGGCUAGAGGUUAUUAUACUGAGGGAGCAGAAUUAGUCGAGCAAGUUUUGGAUGUUGUUCGUAAGGAAGCUGAACACACUGAUUGUCUUCAAGGUUUCCAACUUGCUCAUUCUCUUGGUGGUGGUACUGGUUCCGGUCUCGGUUCUCUUUUACUUUCCAAGAUCCGUGAAGAAUACCCCGAUCGUAUGCUUUGUACCUACUCCGUCGUUCCUUCUCCCAAGGUCUCUGAUACCGUUGUUGAGCCUUAUAACGCUGUUCUCUCUGUCCAUCAAUUAGUCGAGAACUGUGACGCCACUUUCUGUAUCGAUAACGAAGCUCUUUAUGAUAUCUGUUUCAGAACCCUCAAGUUGUCUAACCCCGAUUACGGACAAUUAAACGAAUUGGUCUCCACCGUCAUGUCUGGUGUCUCCACCAGUUUGCGUUUCCCUGGCCAAUUGAACUCUGAUUUACGUAAGCUUUUCGUCAACAUGGUUCCUUUCCCUCGUCUUCAUUUCUUCAUGGUUGGUUUUGCCCCUCUCACUGCUUUCGGUUCUCAACAAUACCGUAACUUGAGUGUUCCCGAGUUGACUGCUCAAAUGUUCGAUGCCCGUAACAUGAUGGCUGCCUCUGAUCCUCGUCACGGUCGUUACUUGACUGUUGCCACUAUUUUCCGUGGUCGUCUUUCCACCAAGGAAGUCGAGAACCAAAUGUUGGCUGUUCAACAAAAGAACUCCUCUUACUUUGUUGAAUGGAUUCCCAAUGGUGUCAAGACCUCUCUUUGUGAUAUCCCUCCUGUCGGUCUCAAGAUGUCUGGUACAUUCAUUGGUAACAGUACUGCUAUUCAAGAGUUAUUCAAGCGUGUCAACGAGCAAUUCACUGCAAUGUUCAGAAGAAAGGCUUUCUUGCAUUGGUACACUGGUGAAGGUAUGGAUGAGAUGGAAUUCACUGAGGCUGAGUCCAACAUGAACGAUUUGGUCUCUGAAUACCAACAAUACCAAGAGGCCACUGCUGAUGAUGAGCUUAUGGAAGACGAGGAUUAUCUUGAGGAAGACCAAAUUCUUGAAGAAGAUUAAAUUUCUUUCUCACGCUAAACCCCCCCUCUCUCUCACUUCUCACACACAUACAAGCACUCCCCCUCUUAUUAAAACAUAAUAAUAUAUCACUUCCCUUUUUUUUAAUAAAACACCAUAUAUACACACAAUCCUAUCAUCAUC